UGGUUUUAGAGACUUCGUGAAAAGUUUGAAUCCCUUGUUCAAAAAUGUUUCUAGAAAUACUAUUAAAGAUGAGUGCAUGAAACACUAUAAUUUGGAGAGGUCGGCGUUCUCUGGACAUUUGAAGAAAUACAGUGGUAGAGUUUCUUUAACAGCGGACAUGUGGACAUCUAAUCAGACUUUGUCCUAUCUAUGCAUCACUUGCCAUUUGAUCAACAGCAAGUGGAUUUUGCAAAAGAGGAUCUUCAGAUUUUUUAUGGUGGAGACUCCACAUAAUGGAGUAACAAUGUUUAAUGUCUUAUUAAAGAGUUUACAGGAGUGUAAUAUUGAGGACAAACUCUUUAGUAUGACAUUGGAUAAUGCAUCAGUUAAUGGUACAAUGGUCAAUAAUCUUAGAAAAAAUCUGAACAGCAAGCAUAUGUUGCCUAUUAAAGGUCAAUUACUUCAUAUCCGUUGUGCAUGCCAUGUGAUAAAUUUGAUUGUCCAAGAUGGUUUGACAACGAUGAAAGGUGUGAUAGAUGAUAUCAGAGAGAGUGUGAAGUACAUUAAGAGUUCUCCCUCUCGGUUGGACAAGUUCAAAGAAGUAGUUGCGCAAGUUGGUAUCUCUUGCAAACUCCCCUCGGCUGAUGUGCCAACACGUUGGAACUCCACCUAUAUUAUGUUGGAGUCAGCGCUCCCCUUUCGAAGAGCCUUUCGUGCUUUGGUGCAAAAGGACCCAGAUUAUGUGUUUUGCCCAUCCUCAGGAGAGUGGAAAAAUGCUGAUACAGUUUGUGCUAUGUUAAACGUUUUUCACACAGCCACAAAUGUACUUUCUGGUUCAAGUUAUUCUACCUCAAAUUUGUACUUUCAUCAAAUCUGGAAUGUGAGGUUAUUGUUGCAGAAGGAAGCUUCAACAAAGGAUGAAGUCGUUCAAGCAAUGGUUGGAGAGAUGCAAAAAAAGUUUGAUAAGUAUUGGAUGGAAUCAUAUUUGCCAAACUGUAUUCCUGUGAUCCUUGAUCCACGAUUUAAACUUUGCUUCAUCGAGUUUCGACUAAAACAAGCUUUUGGUCCAGAUGUAGAAAGACACUUGCUUGCAGUGAAAGAAGUUCUUGACAACCUUUUCGAAGAAUAUUCUUCACAAAUGACGGAUGCAUUGGAUGAGUCAGCACCCCGACAAAAUUUUGAUGAGGUUGUGAAUGAAGAGAAUGAUCCGUUGGCGGAUUGGGACCAACACUUGAAUAAGAAGCAACGCCAAACUGCUAGUGAGCUUGCCAGAUACUUAGAAGAAGACACAUUCACUCGCACAGAGGAUUUCAACAUUCUUCAAUGGUGGCAUCUUCACUCGUCUAAGUAUCCCAUCCUUUCUUGUAUAGCUCGUGAUGUUCUUGCUGUACAAGCUUCCGUCGUAGCGUCAGAGUCGGCUUUCAGUACCGGAAAGCGUUUGAUCAGCGAUUACAGAAGUAGAUUGUGCAGCGAGACAGUGGAAGCCUUAAUCUGCCUUCAAGAUUGGUUUAGAUGUAAUGAUAAGCAUGCCAAUGCUCCUGAUCAAGGUCACUACUAUUAACUGAGGUUGAGAUGUUUCUGGAGAAAAAAUCAGUUGAGUCGACCGAAGAUGAGGCCAGUCCUGGGACCAUUCUGAUUCCGAUUAAUCAAGUGAAAGACCAGUGAGCAUAGCUUGGUGUACAAAGGUCGCCCGACACAAAGCUGACAGAAGAAUGGAAGAUGCUCUUAGCUGAUAGUUUUAUCAUUUGGUGCCGUUUUGAGUCUAGGACUCUAGGUGCUUUCUGUUAAUUUUGGGAUAUGGAGGAUGGGGAGUGUGUUGCAUAUUCCUUUUUGUUCACAUACAGGAGAUAUUUCUGCUGCUUUGAUAGGCGUUUUUAGUUAAGUUGCCGCUGCUUUGUGGAUUUUGUUAUUCUAGAGGCGACUACUGAAUUUCCCUGAAUGAAGCUCGAACUCACUAGUGAUAAUUAGUAGCGAUCGUUAUGUCAGUGUGGGCUAAUAUUAUCCACUG